AUGGAAGACGAAGUUGCUGCCUUGGUUAUUGAUAACGGUUCCGGCAUGUGCAAGGCCGGCUUCGCUGGUGAUGAUGCUCCCCGCGCAGUCUUCCCCUCUAUUGUCGGUCGUCCCCGUCAUCAGGGCGUCAUGGUCGGCAUGGGUCAGAAGGAUUCCUAUGUUGGUGACGAGGCUCAGUCCAAGCGUGGUAUCCUCACAUUGAAGUACCCCAUUGAACACGGUAUUGUCACUAACUGGGACGAUAUGGAGAAGAUCUGGCAUCACACCUUCUACAACGAACUCCGUGUCGCUCCUGAGGAACACCCUGUUCUUUUGACCGAGGCUCCUCUUAACCCCAAGUCUAAUCGCGAGAAGAUGACCCAAAUCAUGUUCGAGACCUUCAAUGCCCCUGCUUUUUACGUCUCUAUCCAGGCCGUCUUGUCCUUGUACGCUUCCGGUCGUACCACCGGUAUCGUGCUCGACUCUGGCGAUGGUGUUACCCACACCGUCCCUAUUUAUGAAGGUUAUGCUCUUCCCCAUGCCAUUCUCCGUCUUGAUCUUGCUGGUCGUGACUUGACUGACUACCUCAUGAAGAUUCUCAUGGAGCGUGGUUACUCUUUCUCCACUUCUGCUGAGCGUGAAAUCGUUCGUGACAUCAAAGAGAAGCUCUGUUAUGUUGCUUUGGACUUUGAACAGGAGAUGCAGACCGCUGCUUCAUCGUCGGCUCUCGAGAAGUCAUAUGAGCUUCCUGAUGGCCAGGUCAUCACCAUUGGUAACGAACGUUUCCGUGCUCCUGAAGCCCUCUUCCAGCCCUCGCUCCUUGGUCUUGAAGGUGUCGGUAUCCACGAGACUACUUUCAACUCUAUCAUGAAGGGAGAUGUUGAUAUUCGUCGUGACUUGUACGGAAAUAUUGUCAUGUCCGGUGGUACCACUAUGUAUCCUGGCAUUGCUGAUCGUAUGCAGAAGGAGAUCACUGCCCUUGCGCCCAGCUCCAUGAAGGUCAAGAUUGUUGCUCCUCCAGAGCGCAAGUAUUCUGUCUGGAUCGGUGGUUCUAUUCUUGCCUCGCUCUCGACCUUCCAGCAGAUGUGGAUCUCCAAGAUGGAAUACGACGAGUCUGGUCCUUCGAUUGUUCACCGCAAGUGCUUCUAA